AUGAAGAAGCAAUGUGAUCAAAAGCUGCUCAUUCGAAUGAAAACUGAAUGUGUACCUUGCUCGUUAAACCUUGAAACCCAGUGCCCUGCUGGUUACACCAAGAUUACCAAUGGGACUGGGAUACCGGACUGCAGGUAUUAUCUAGAAAUUAAAACACACACACUUUCUUUCCCUGGAUGUCGGCAUCAUUGUAUGAAGGAAUUUGAACAACCUGAGUGUUGCCAGGGACACUGGGGCCCAGACUGCAUGGCGUGUCCAGGAGGAGCUGCGACACCAUGCAAUAGGAGAGGACGCUGCUCCCAGGGUAUAAAUGGGGAUGGAACAUGCACUUGUCAGAAAGGGUUUGGUGGGACAGCCUGUGAAAAAUGUGCUGAAGAUAAUUUAUUUGGUCCUCACUGCACAUCAGUUUGUGACUGCGUUCAUGGAAUAUGCAACAGUGGAAUUACAGGGGAUGGAAGAUGCACUUGCUUGUCUGGAUACAAAGGGCUCAGCUGUGAUCAGCCAAUAGCUGAAUGCGAGGACUUGCAGUGCCCUGCAAACUCCAGAUGUACUACCUCAGGCGAGGAUGGAAGACAACUGCAAUGCACGUGUCUGCCCAACUACCAUGGCGAUGGUACACAAUGUGAACCUAUCAACCCAUGCUCUGAAACAGUCUGCGAUCCUAAUGCCAACUGCAUUUACCUCGGACCAAAUCAGCACAAAUGUACGUGUCGAGAAGGUUACAGAGGGGAUGGUCAAGUCUGCUUACCCAUAGACCCUUGCCAAGCAACAUACGGGAAUUGCCCUGCACAGUCCACCCUUUGCAUAUAUGACGGUCCAGGAAAGUCCCACUGUGAAUGCAAGGAGCAUUACACAAACUUUGUACCUGGGAAAGGAUGCAGCAUGACAGACAUCUGUGAAACAAACAACACCUGCCAUAAAAAAGCUAAAUGCUCAAUGGUUGCACCUGGACAGAUUAUGUGUACAUGUCAAGGAGGCUCCGUGGGAAAUGGGUUUGUGUGCUAUGGAAACAUCAUGGAACGCCUCCGAGACCUGAAUGCCGAAGUGGGAGGACGGUGGCAAGGCAAGCUGACAUCUGCCUUAUCACUUAUGGAAAAUGUCUAUGAAUGGCCACUGAGUACUCUGGGACCAUUUACCGCCCUUGUACCGACAAACAAGGGGUUCAAAGGUACAAAUAUAAAAGAUCUUCUGAAUAAUAAACAGAAAGCACAGUACUUUGUGAAACUCCAUAUAAUUGCUGGUCAGUUGAAUACCAGUAGCUUGACUAAUACUAAUGUAAUAUAUACUUUGACUGGCAAGACAGGAGAAAUAUCAAAGGGAGAAAAGGAUAAUCAAUUAAGAAUUAGAAUCCAAGGAGGAAGGAGGAAAGGAAAACUUUUGCAGGGAAAUAUUAUUGCUUCCAAUGGGAUUUUACACAUUAUUGACAAACCCAUGGACAAUGUGGAGCCAACAUUUGAAAGCAGCAAAGAGGAAACUAUAAUGUCAAUACUUCAAGGUAAUGGAAGAUACAGCCAAUUUACAUCUUUGAUAGAGAAAACUGGCCUGGGAAUGGAUUUAGAGCAGGACAACAGACCUUACACAGUCUUUCUUCCAAGUAACGAGGCUUUGAGUAAUAUGAAAGCUGAGGCUCUGGAUUACCUGCUUUCUGCAGAGGGUUCAUGGAAGUUGCUGGAGCUGGUCCGAUACCACAUUGUUUCCAAUACUGAGCUAGAGGUUGCCAGCCUCGUCUCAAUAGAGCGCAUCAGAAGCAUGGCGAAGCAGUUCAUUUACUUCAACAGGACCAGUACUGGACAAGUCUUGGUGAGUGGAGAAGAAAUGGAAGAAACAGAUAUCGUUGCAAAAAAUGGUCGCAUAUAUACUCUUGCAGGAGUCCUUAUCCCACCCACAAUUGUUCCGAUUCUACCACAUCGGUGUGAUGAGACAAGAAGUCAAGUCACAAUGGAACCAAAGUGUUGCAAAGGCUUCUUUGGCCCUGAUUGCAGCCCGUGUCCAGGAGGUUUCUCCAAACCCUGCUCAGGAAACGGGCAGUGCAUGGAUGGCCUGGAUGGAAAUGGGACCUGCAUUUGUGCUGAGGCAUUUCAAGGCUCGCGCUGUCAGUUCUGCUCAGAUCCUGGCAAAUAUGGACCUCAGUGUGACAAAGAGUGUCUCUGCAUUUAUGGGAAGUGUGACAACCGCAUAGACAGUGAUGGGAUCUGUCUUCCUGGAUCAUGCAGAAGUGGAUAUACAGGGAAACUCUGUGAUAAGCUGAUUGUUCCCUGUGAGCCCUCCCUACAGCUCUGCCAUGCACAUGCAGACUGUCAGCUUAGCGAUGGUGCAGUGAGCUGUGUUUGCAAACCUGGCUAUGAAGGAGAUGGCAUGAGCUGCAGCAAAGUUGAUCCUUGUGCUGCUUUAAACCCCGGUGGCUGCAAUAUCAAUGCCGAGUGCAUUCAGACGGGCCCAGGAGAUCACACAUGCAUUUGCCAGGCAGGAUGGACAGGAGAUGGAAGAGACUGCUCAGCCAUCAACAACUGCCUGCUGCCCGCCGUGGCAGGGUGCCAUGAAAAUGCCACCUGCAUAUACAUUGGGCCAGGUCAGAAUGACUGCAAGUGUAAGGAUGGAUUUCGGGGAAAUGGAAUUGAAUGCACACCCAUAAACUCAUGCCUGGAACAAAAUGGAAAAUGCCAUCAUCUGGCAACUUGUCAGUUUGAGUCUUCUCAUGGCUGGGAGUGCGUGUGCCCAAAGGGCUAUGAAGGAGAUGGUAGAAUAUGCUAUGGAAAUGCUGCAGAUGAGUUAUCUACUCUAUCAGAAGCAGCUGCAUUUAACCAAUGGGUUGAUGAGGCUGAGAUAAACUCAGUGUUGUCCACCACCUCAAACCUAACUGUCCUCGUGCCUUCUCUCCAAGCAAUUGAAAACAUGGAUGAAGAUGAGAAAGACUUUUGGAUGUCAAAGAGUAACAUCCCAACUCUACUGAAAUAUCAUGUAUUGACAGGAGCUUACAGCUUUGCUGAUUUCCAGAAUUUAUCGUCCUCGGACAUGCUGCCAACAUCUCUAAAGAGCAACUUCCUACACUUGUCCAAAGAAAAUGGGAACCUCACCCUCGAGGGCGCUCACAUUGUGGCUGGUGAUAUCACAUCCACGAAUGGGAUCAUACACGUGAUUGAUAAGGUUCUGACCCCCCUCCGCAGCACUGUCAUGCCGAGGUUGCUGGCCCGCCUGGAGCAAAUGCCUGAUUACUCCAUUUUCAGGGGCUACAUUAUUCAAUACAGCCUGGCAAAUGAAAUAGAAGCUGCAAACACAUACACAGUCUUUGCCCCAAAUAACGAUGCCAUAGAAAAUUACCUAAGGGAUAAAAAGUCUACUACUCUGGAUGAAGACCAAAUCCGCUAUCACAUUAUGCUGGAUGAGAAGCUCCUGAAGAACAACCUGCACAACGGCAUGCACAAGGAGACCAUGCUAGGGUUCUCCUACCAGGUUGGGUUCUUCCUCCACGAUGGCCAGCUAUUCAUAAAUGAUGCGCCUAUAAGCUACACAAAUGUUGCAACAGACAAAGGAAUUAUUCAUGGAUUGGGAAAGGUCCUGGAAAUCCAGAAGAACAGAUGUGACAUCAAUGAUACCGUGAUCAUCGCAGGGGAGAAGAAAUACUGUGUCCUCUCAGAAAACAACAUGAGAACGUACACCAUCCAGCUCAGGUGCCAGACAAAGUGUGCUAAAACUGUCAUUACGAGAGAGUGCUGCGCGGGUUUCUUCGGGCAGCAGUGCCAGCCCUGCCCAGGGAAAGCAGGGAACGCCUGCUUCGGAAACGGCGUCUGCCUGGAUGGCAUCAACGGCACAGGCACCUGCGAGUGCGGAGAGGGCUUUGUCGGUACAGCCUGCGAAAGCUGCAUUGAAGGCAAAUACGGCCGCAACUGCGAUCAAGUGUGUGCUUGUGUCCAUGGGAAAUGCAGCAGUGGGAUCGAUGGGGAUGGCUCCUGUGAAUGUGAUGCUGGCUGGAGAGGGGUGACGUGCGAGACCGAAAUCAAAGACGAUGCAUGUAACGCCUCAUGCCAUACCAGUGCUAACUGCCUUCUCCUAUCAAAUGGCACUGCCUAUUGCAAGUGUGCAGCUGGGUUUGAGGGGAACGGGACGUUCUGCACAGCUAUUGAUGCUUGCAAGACCAGCAACGGUGGCUGUUCUGACAAGGCAGAGUGCAGAAGAACAACGCCUGGCAAUAGAGCAUGCGUCUGCAAUGCUGGGUACACAGGAGAUGGAAUAGUCUGCAUUGAAAUCAACCCUUGUCUGGAAAGCAACGGUGGGUGUGACAGAAAUGCAGAAUGCACACAGACUGGACCCAAUCAAGCAGUAUGUAAUUGCUUGAAGGGAUACUCUGGAGAUGGCAAAAAAUGCACGUAUAUCAGUCUGUGUUCACAAAAUAAUGGAGGCUGCAGUGAAUUUGCCAUCUGUAAUGACACCGAGCUGACAGAAAGGACCUGCACCUGCAAACGUAACUAUGUUGGGGAUGGAUUUAAGUGCCGAGGCAAUAUCUUCCAGGAGCUUCUCAGGGACUCUAACACAUCUAGGUUUUAUUUCUACUUAGAGGCCUCGUCUGUCAGAGAUAUUGCAGGCCCUGGACCUUUCACUCUGUUUGUACCUCACACAGACAUACUAAACAGAGACCCACGAGUCAAGGACUGGAUUGCCAGUGGAACAAUGGCUCAAGUCCUCCGGUACCAUAUGGUGGGUUGUGCCAGUCUGUUGUACAGCGACCUGACGACAAUCUCCAACAUCACCUCUCUCCAAGGGGACCCAAUACACAUCAACUACUCUCAGAAUUCGCUGGUUUUGAACAACAAAGCUGAAAUUAUACUCAGUGAUGCUGUUGGCACAAAUGGCGUGAUCCAUGUCAUAAACCAAAUUCUGGUCCCAUCACAUAUGCAGGAUUUGCCCCUUAAGAAGGAAAGCCUUAAAAUUGUUGCAGCCAAACAUGGAUACAUCCUGUUCAGCAGUUUGCUAGAGAAAAACAACCUGCUUGGGCUGAUCAACGAUCCUAUUCACAAACCCGUCACACUCUUCUGGCCCACAGACGCAGCUAUCCGUGGGCUGCCACAGGAGCAGCAGGACUUCCUCUUCAAGAAAUCCAACACAGACAAACUGGUGCAGUACCUCAAAUUCCACAUCGUCCGUGACGCUGCGGUGUUGGCCUACCAGCUACCCACAUCCACCUCAAUGAAGACCCUGCAAGGCUCCAACCUCAGCAUUAGUUGUGGGGAUAACAGGGAGAUUGGGGCGCUUUUCCUGAACGACAGACAGUGUAAGAUAGUGCAGCGGCAGCUGGAGUUUGAUGGGGGCAUCGCCUACGGCAUCGACUGCCUGCUGACGGACCCCAGCCUGGGGGGACGCUGUGACAGCUUCUUCACCAUGGAUUUCAUGGGUCAUUGUGUUAGCUGCUUCCGUAAUUCUAAAUGCCCGCCAGGAACAAAACCAAAGGAAGGGAUCCAGUGGUGCACAUACGAGUCCUACGGGCUGCGGCGGGACGGCUGCCGUAGGAACUGCUCCAUGGUCAUCCACACAGCCAAGUGCUGCAAAGGCUACUUCGGGCCAGACUGCCAAGCUUGUCCAGGGGGCCCAGAGACCCCGUGCAAUAACCACGGCUCCUGCGAUGACGGGUACACCGGGACAGGAGAGUGCCACUGCAACAGCGGCUUCAACGGGACGUCAUGCGAGCUGUGCUUGCCAGGCAGAUACGGUUCCAGCUGCAGGCCCUGUGAAUGCAAGACCAACGGACAGUGCGAUGAAGGAUAUUCAGGAACGGGACGAUGUUUCUGUGAAACAGGAUGGACUGGCCGGCUGUGUGAAACCAAGCUAGCUCUGCAGCCAGUGUGUUCCCCGAGCUGCUCUGCCAACGCCAUCUGCAUGGAGAACAACACAUGUCAGUGCAAGCCAUUUUACAACGGGGAUGGGAUCACAUGCACAGCUGCAGACCUUUGCAAACAAAACAACGGUGGGUGCCACAAGGCAGCCGAAUGCACACAACUCGGGGUGAAAGUCUUCUGUAGCUGCCAGAAAGGAUACAAGGGAGAUGGCUUUACAUGCCUUCCAAUAAAUCCUUGCGCCGAUGGGUUCAACGGAGGCUGCCAUGAGCACGCCAUUUGCACUGUCAUAGGCCCUGACAAACGCAAGUGUGAAUGUAAAAAUAACUACAUUGGUGAUGGGCUGAACUGCUCGGUGAUGCAGCUUCCUCUCGACCGCUGCUUGCAAGACAACGGGCAGUGCCAUGCCGACGCUGACUGUGCCGAUCUCCACUUCCAAGAUACCACGGUUGGGGUUUUCCACUUACGGUCCCCACAAGGACAGUACAAAAUGACUUAUGAGAAGGCAAAGGAGGCCUGUGCCAACGAGUCAGCCACCGUCGCCACGUAUAACCAGCUGCUGUAUGCACAGAAGGCAAGGUACCACCUGUGUGCUGCCGGCUGGCUAGAUGGCGAAAGAGUGGGCUACCCAACCGCAUUCUCCUCCCCAAACUGCGGCUCUGGGUAUGUCGGCAUUGUGGACUAUGGGAGAAGAGUCAACCUGAGUGAAACCUGGGAUGUCUUCUGCUACAGAGAGAAAGAGGUGAACUGCACCUGCAAGCCAGGCUACGUGGGGGACGGCUUCUCCUGCAGCGGGAACUUGCUGCAAGUGCUGAUGUCCUUCCCAACGCUGACAAACUUCUUGUCGGACAUCAUGGCUUACUCCAACAGCUCUAGGAAGGGGAGGCAGUUCCUGCGGUACCUCACGGAUCUGUCAGUGCACGCCACUCUCUUUGCUCCAAAUGAUAGCGGGUUAAGGGAAAACGAGACGCUUUCUGGGCGGGACAUCGAGUACCAUUUAUCUAACACCAGCAUAAUGUUUUAUGAGGACUUGACCAACGGAACCACUCUUCUAACUCAUCUAGGGGAAAAACUCCUCAUUACAAACACCAGGAGCCAGGAACAUCAAAGCAAGAUCAGAUACGUGGAUGGAAGUGCUAUUGUUGAGUGGGAUAUAAUCGCUUCCAAUGGGAUAAUCCACGUUAUUUCAGAGCCUUUAAGGGCUCCACCAGUACCUGCUCCUCUCCACACUGGUACUGGGACCGGAAUAUUCUUUGGCAUCUGCCUGGUUACUGGAAUUGUGGCUUUCAUAGGAUAUUCUUACCUCAGGUUCAGGAAGAGAAACACAGGCUUCCAGCACUUCAAGUCAAAAGACGACACUGACGUAACAUCACUGGACAAGUCACAGCCUUCAAAUAUCACCAACCCCUCAUACGAAAGUUCUUCUGCACCGACUCCACCAGAACCUACUUACGAUCUUUUCUCAGAUUCAGAUGACCAGCAGCUUGUGAUGAGUGGUCCUCAUGAUCAGAAUUAA